UACCAGGGUUUCAACCUGCGGGAGACUCGUGUUCGUGCUGCGAUGGCAGUGACGUAAUCACCUCAAGGGCUUUGGAAGCGACCGGUGUCCUCGCGUAGCGCGCGCGCGCACGGGAGGCGUUCGCCAUUUUGUUAUUGGUCUACAGAAGUCUACACCUGUCAGGGGUCUCUAUCAACGUCACCGUCACUUUGAGUGUUACUCUGACCCUGAGUGUGAGUGGGCUGGGGGCCGCAGCGCGCAGCUUUGUGCUCGAGGCGGGACUUCCUCCUACCUCACUGUUUAUUUGCUCCGUCGCGCACCCCGCCGCAAAAACAAGGAGGCCACAAUGGAAAACUGUCACCUGAAGGUGACCGGCCUCAUCGUCAUGGUGAUUUUGAUCAUACAGCCCCGCUUUAACUCGGCAGAACUAAACAAGCUUCUGCUUGUGUCUUUCGAUGGCUUCCGCUGGGAUUACCUCCAGAGAGUUCCCACACCCAAAUUUAAUGCUCUCAUCAAGGAUGGUGUUCAGGUGAAACAAGUGGAGAAUGUGUACAUAACAAAGACUUACCCCAACCACUACAGUAUGGUGACCGGUCUUUAUGCGGAAAGCCAUGGAGUUGUUGCCAAUGAAAUGUAUGACCCCAAACUCAAUCAGACCUUUUCCAUGCAUACGAUGGAGGAAUAUGACUCCAGGUGGUGGGAUGAGGCCGAACCCCUUUGGGUAACUAAUCAGAAGGCUGGACACAGAAGUGGGGCUGCAAUGUGGCCAGGUUCUGAUGUGGAGAUCCGUGGGACCUACCCAACCCACUACCUGCAGUACAACUCAUCCGUCUCCUUUCAGGCACGGGUUCAGAAGCUCAUUGACUGGUUCAAGAAUGAAGGAAUCAAUUUUGGAGUCCUUUACUGGGAGGAACCAGAUGAGAGUGGGCAUUCAUUUGGACCAGAGAGCCAUCUUAUGAAUGCAGUCAUAACUGACAUUGAUGAGAAGCUUGGCUUCUUGGUGGAGCAGCUAAAGAGUGCAGAUCUAUAUGAUAUAAUGAAUCUUGUCAUUACAAGUGAUCAUGGAAUGGCAGAGAUGUCAACCAGUAGGAUUAUUGAACUGGAUAAUUAUGUAAACGGAGAUCUAUACACCAUGAUUGAUAAGAGUCCGGUAGUUGCCAUUUUACCCAAGGAAGGCAAGUUUGAAGAAGUCUACAGUGCUCUAGUCAAUGCGAAUCCUAAUAUGACUGUUUACAGGAAAGAAGACAUUCCAGACCAAUACAACUAUAAGCAAAAUGCAAGAAUAAUGCCUAUAAUUAUAGAAGCUAAAGAAGGAUGGACAGUUUUGCAAAACAAAAAUGGAACGUUUUUGUUAGGCAACCAUGGUUAUGACAACAGGUUACCCAGCAUGCACCCAGUGUUUGUUGCCAGUGGGCCUGCCUUCCAUCAGGGAUACCGCAAAGAUAGCAUGCGAUCAGUGGACCUCUAUCCCCUCAUGUGUUCCAUCCUUGGGAUCCAGCCAUCUCCCAACAAUGGCUCCCUCAGCAAUGUCCAAGACCUCCUGAAGCAAACCCAUCCAACCCACCCAGUUCCUCAUAUUCCUCAGGUCAGAGAGCCCUCCUAUGCUUGGGUCCUGGGCUCCCUCCUUGGCAUUGCUCUAGUCAUUGGCUUCCUCAUUGGUUUUGUCAAGCAGGUAACAUACAGGCAGCUGCCUGUGGUGACUCACGCCAACCUAGAGAUUGCACAGCCAUUGCUCCAAGAUGACCUGCAAAUUUAGCAAAAACUUUGCUUAGUUCCAGGUAAUAGUGUUUCCUUUUCAUGUGUGUUGGUCUAUGCCUUCUCUAGGUUUUGUGUUUUGGAGUGAGAGGCCAAACAACAUAUGUAGUGCCAUGAUAGCUAUAUAAAAACAGUACAAAUUACAUUCUGGAGUGAUUGAGCUGGCUGAGUUCCUUACAUGAAACUACAUGGAGGCCUCCACACAAACCAUGCCAUGCGAAUAGGUAUGGGGCUUCAUUGAGAUUUUCUGCCUAAAUAUAACUGUGCCUUCAGCACUUUGUCAAAUGAAAAGUUUUGGAUAGCUCCCUGACCCCCACAAAUCGGAAUAGAUGCACAAAGACAACAAAUAUGUCUGGUACCUCUUAGCUGACCAACACAACUUGCCUAGUUUCAUCACAUGCACUUCAAUGUAAAAUUCUUUAUGUAAUAAAUAGUUUUAAACUAUCCUGCAUAAUGAAAAUCCAUUAAAUAAAACUUUUCAUAAUAAGACCAACUAAUAUGUAGUGCAUGAUGGGCGUUUCAGACAGAUACUCAGCUUCAUGGUUUAGCUAAGCAAUAACAAAUAAUGCAAUCUCUUCACCAAGCCCCAGUGUAAAUCUGAUGCCACAGAAUGCCUCUCAGGGCCUCUGAAAAGGUACCACAGGUGAUUUCAUACUAUCCAUUUAUACAAAUUCUUAUUUAAAGCAUAAGGAUUUAGUAAAAUGGCCAAUAGAGUAGGAAUGAAGAUAUUACUAACUUCAUUUGUAUAAGGUUAUGGUAAGUAGAAGAACAGAAGAAUAGACCUGAAGAUGAAGUGCAUAAUGCUUCUUAAUGCAUACCUGGCUUUGACAGAAUUUAUGAGAUUAAUUUGUAUGUAUAGUCAGUAAUGUAGAUGGAUGCAGGUUUACAUUUUAAUAUGAAAAAUAAAACUUUCAAAGGGGGAGGUUUCUCCUGCAUUACAGUCAAUAGGGAAUUUGGUGUUACAAAUGGACACAACCACUAAGAAAACAUGAGGCCCAGCACAUUCUAUAGUCUGCACUGUGAAUCAAUAUUUCAUGUGCAAGUCUACUGAGAUGAGCAUAAUAGCUACUGCUAAAUACUGGUAUAGUUGAAUCUUUGUAUAGAGUUGUAUUUUUAGUUAUGAUAGUGUGGUUGCAGUACAUCACUUUAUGCUUUGAUUACAAAUGCAGAUCAAGCAUUAGCUUCAUCAGAUAGGAAUUAAAUGUGUCUUAGCAGAUCCCCAGCGGUCACAUAUGCCUGUACUCUACUUGUGUCAGCUGUUGAUUAAGGACUGCUUUUUCAUGCAUGGCUUGCCUCGGAUGAGCCCUUAAAUAGUAACAGAAACAUAGCGACACUGGGCAAAAGUGCCAAGGACUGGAAGCUUUUUUGAACAUUAGACAGUAUACUUGGGAAUGCUGACUUUUUCAACUUCAUAGAAGAUCUUCAGAUAUAUUGGUUUUGAAGUAUGAGAAAUGUGGGCUGAUCUCUGAAGUAUGGAUAUUUUUAUGAUUUGUCAAAAUGUGAGGGCAGAGAAUAAGUUAACAAAUCACACAGGACCAACAACUGACAGGUAACAUGUCAGGUUAAACUGGCUAGUCUCCAUAUGGAAAGCAGCAGACUUAUGGAUCAUGUGCAGUUGUUUUUAUGCAAAAGGAAGGUUCAGCUGGUAUUGUUGGUAGUGUGUGAUUUAUGUAAUUUCUCUCACUGCUUCAGUGUUAAACAAAUAUGUCAGAUGUACAUACUUGCUGCAUUAUUAAAGUAAGAUACUUUAAGUUUAUUAAACAUAUAGUUAAUCAAAUAAAUACUUUAUAUUUAUUUCCUGGUAUUCUUCAUUUGAAAAUACCCUAGUUAAAUAAAAAAUAAACCUACAAAUGUAUGGAUCCAUACUGAAGUUGGGUUUCAAAUUUAUGUAGCUACCAUUUAAAAAAAAAAAAAAAAAAAAAAACUUUCUAAUAGCCCAAACACAGGUUCCCAAGACCAUCUCAGAAAAAUAUUCAUAGUGUUAAAAUAUGUCUGUGAUGAUGAUAGUGCUGUAAAAAUCAUUUUUUUCCACUGACUUGAAUGGUAGUAAUUGUUUUGCUGUGAUUAAACUUCCAUUUAUAUAAAUGGUUAAACCUUUAAAAACAAAAUUAAUAUGGUGGUAUUUUCAUGCAGUAAUAGCAAUUAUGUAUGAAAUAUAUUUGGAUCAUUAAGUAUUCAGUUUUAUACAAGGUACCAAAUAGAGCAUUUUUGAGCACUUUGAACACGCAGUAAUACUUCUUCCCAUUUAAAGGGACACUCGCACUGUGAUUUUAUAUAUUACAUAUACAAGAUAAUUUAUUGUUAAUGUGUUUGCAGUAGUUUCUGAAUUGG